ACUGUCAUUCUGUGUCUGUUAUUGUUUUUGUGUUACGCGGACAGCCGCGCGUAGUGUUAUUCCGUGUUCAUUUUAGUGCUCAUAAUGUCGUUUUAUCAUCGUGCCCUCAAGCUAAAUCAAUUCUCCCGGUUCCUGCACGCUGCCCCCAGCAACUUCCCAUCGUGUUCCACCCGAACAACCUCAGGAAUAUUGGUUUCCCGACUGUCGGGGCCAUCAGGACCAGCUGGUCUUUAUCAGCGAUUAGCUCUAUGCAGCACAAGCGGAGGAAGCAAUGGCUGCGCUUUCCAUUACGGCCACAGGCGCAGUUACUCGACCGAAGCACCGGAUGAGUUUCCACCGCGGGGGCGAGGCCGUACCCUGCCGAAGCUGAUGGACUUCCCGGAAAUUAUCUGGCCAUCGAUUGUGAAAUCGAUGAAAAACUGGAUCAUGGUUCACUUCAUCAUCCGGCCAUACUUCGAUCGAGAGUUCAGCCUGCCGGACUUUGUACAGGGUGCUAAACAGGCCCUGCAGGUUGUGUCCGCAGCUCUGGCGGGAGGCGAACUCAAAACCCUGGAUGGACUCGUAGAUCGGCAGACGCUCAACGAUUUGAAGCACACCAUCGGAAAGAUGUCGGUUGCGCAACGAUACGACUUGAUGGUACAGAAAGAGGACAUCUACUUUUCGUUUCCGUAUCAGGUUGGUGUAAUGUUUGAUGAAGAGGACGAGGCGAGUCAGAAGCGAUUCGUUGAAAUUACAAUGGUGUUCCAUGUGCUGAAAGGCUUGAGAGGAAUGGUAGAACGAGGCGAAACGAUCCCAUUGAACGUCGGGGUGAUGCCAGAGUACCGUGACAAAAUCAGUAUCUGCAACUACCGUUUCAUCAAAGAGUUCACGAAAGGGGUCGACUCGGACUGGACCGUCAACGUGGUGAGUCACUUCAAGCCCAGUGAUUUGAUUGACGAAUGAGUUGACGACACUGCGGGGAUUUAUAUCGAUUGUCGAACAAUUGGAAAUCGAACUUUCCUUUUAGUUAGUGGGAUUGUGUAUAUUUUGUGAAUAAACAUCGAACGCGACUAGGGUCUUAAUCGACCUUCAAGACA